AUGUUCUACAGUCACGACAUUCUGACCGAUCGCCAGCAUGGUGUCGCAACCAUCUGGUACGCAAAAGACCCCCAUUUCGCGUUCCCGGGCAAUCUACUCUACGGCGUGUCUCGGGUUUACUCACAGCAGUGCGCUUAUGUCCUCAAUGAUGCCGAGAAGGUCCAGUCGAACAUGAAAUUGUUCUAUCGCCUCAUUGCCCACAAUGAAACGGACCCCCAAGCAGGAAAGUCCAAGCCUGACCAAAACAUUCUUGAAGACGACCCUGGCUUUAUCGCAAACCCGAACCUUCCCCGUUUCGACUUCGGCGAGGACGUGAACCUAUUCAUGAAAAGCCAGAGUCAGAUGUCGUCCGCAAAGGUGUACUCUCAACUUAGCCCUAUAGACAAGUGGACUUCAUCCAGUCGCCGCGCCAGUUCUCUCAUAGGGUUGAAUCUCCCACAAUCCGAAGGAAGCAGCAGUCUGGGAUUACCUUCCCCCUUUGGGCCUCUGUCAUCCGCCCAGAAGACAGGCAUGCCGCCUGUGGGGGUGGAUCCCAUGAACGAACAGGACGAUUUAGACCUAAUGGGGGUUCUUGAGCUUGACAUUGACGCUGAGGGCAAUGUUCUUGGUAUAGUCGACCAUAUAGAAGAGCCGGGGUUGCCCCCUCACCCCUCGCGGCAAGCAGAUGACAACGAGAUUGCAGGAACGAGACAGGAGCGGCAACCAAAGGGACAUCAUAGUGCUGUCAAUGAGGACGACUACUUGAUGAUGGAAGAUCAGCUCCUUCCAGAUGCAGAGGCCUUUCCUGGCCAGCAGCCGCAGCAGCAGGAACGCAUUCCAGAAACCGGUUCGACUCUUCAGCGUACUGUCUCAACGAGGCAAAGACGGAGGCCCAGGAUGCUUGCCCCAGAUGACGUAUCGCAGGAAUUGGCCGGCCGAUCGGUAUCCCGGGGUUUGAGCACCCUUUGGCGCGCCACUUUGCAGGCGAUUCACUCCGAGAUCAAGUAUUCGGCGGCAUUUGAAGAUGAUGAAGAGGAACACGGCCGCCAUGUUCGGCCCAGGCUCGAGGAAGCCACCCCUCAGCCUUUUCAAGACCAUGACAUGGGAUUUCUUUUGGGGGACGACUCUAUGCUUCCCGAAAUGGGCAUGGAGGGUCAACCUGCCAUGACUGACCGCAUGUCGUCUUCUCUCAUGCCCUGGAACCGAACUCCCUCUGCUCAGCCUCCCUCGUCCAUUUUGGGCCGCGGCUCGAAAAAGCGUGCUGGGAGUCACCAAAUUACUUCCAGUCCCAAGGGCAGCGCUAUUUACCCCAUCGAGCGUCACAGUGAUCCUGCCACUGGAAGCCACCAUGGCUCGGACCCCGACUUCGGCCCGGGGCUUGCGGACCUCGCUGACGCCGAAGUAACGCAAGACUCGCAGUGGAUGCAUGCCGGACUGGAUACUGCUAGUGGCGUGUUCCUCACGUAUCUGAAGGAGCAGGCGAAUGAGCUUGGUGUUCCUCACGUCGGCGACCCGAAGCAGGACCGUCUCUGGAUCGACUUUGAGGACCUCGCUAUUCCGGGAAAACAUCCGAAGAACGUUGCGGCACAGGCAUUCCUUCAUGUGCUUUCCCUAGCCACGAAGAACAGAAUUGGCGUUGAGCAGCUAGUGGAAGACAACCGGCCGUUCGGAAAUAUUUCUGUUGGUGUCGAUGUUGGAGGUAUGAGACAUAUCUCACUAGACACGUAAGAGGACGUAUUGAGCUCAAAGCCUCCAUGGAAUCCGCAUCGG